AUGGACCUGACAGAGGCCUUUGACACGGUGAAACGGGAUGGACUCUGGAAAAUCCUGCAGAAAUUCGGAUGUCCUGAGCGAUUCACGUACAUGAUGUCAGCUCCACGACAUGAUGAUAGAGUGAGUCACGGACGAGGAGACCGUCUCAGAAGCGUGCCUAGUGACCAACAGAAUAGAACGGGGUUGCGUACUUGUCUCCGCCCCUUUUAGUCUUAUUUUCUAUGUUAUGCUGAUGGACGCCAACGUGAUGAGCUUAACGGGAUCCGCUUCGGUUGCAGGACCGGCGGCCAUCUUCUCAAAAGCUGGCCUAUACAGGCCCCGGCACGUCUAUCUACGACUACUGUCCACGAUCCGCUCUUCGCGUGCGAAUGCGCACUCAACACCGCGACGGAAGCAGACAUGCAACGGAGCAUAAACCUCUUCGCCUCCGGCUGCGCCAACUUUGGACUGACCAUCAACACGGACAAAACUGUGGUCAUGCAUCAACUGCCGCACAACGCUGUAUCCAAUGAUCCCCGCAUCCACGCCAUCUAUACCAGGCUGAAAACCGUUGGCAACUUCGUUUACCUGGGCAGCACAUUUUGGCGCUGCAUCAAAAUCGACGAAGAAGUGACCUACCGAAUCUUUAAAGUCAACCAAGUCUUCAGGUGGACUGCAGAAUUCCGUAUGGAAUCGCCACCGUCUCUACCUUAG